GGGGACCCCAGGCGCCUGCCCCUCCCGGGUGACUCCCCUCCCGGAGGCAGGGGCGUGGCGGGCUUUCCCGUUCGUUCACGUGAGGAACCCACGGCUGGCAGUUCCUGCAUGCGCGAGCUCUCGGGGCAGGAAGUGGCAAAGCUGGGUCCCCCCUGCCCCCCGAGAGUCCGUGCUGGUCUGGCUCCACUGCCCCCAGCGCCUGUCACUGGCGUCAUGUGGCCAAACGGAGAAAUGGGCAAAGGGCUGGAUCGGACUCUUUUCCAAACACGACAGACCGAUGGCCAGCAGGUGUGUGACGAGGCUCAACGUCCGUCAGGCACCAUCAGGAGACGCACAACGAAGCCACAGCCAGAACCCCUCACCCCGUCAGAGCGGCCUCAUCACACACGGAACAGGCAGUGCUGGCGACGCGGGGAGCAGGGCCCCGCCCGCGUCUGUGGGAUGGAAACCGGGCCAGCCUGGAGUUCCCUCAACAUAUUAAACGUGGCCCCCCCUCCGAGCCCGCGGCCCCUCCUCCGGCCCCGCGACCCCCUUCUGAGCCCACGCGCCCCCUCCGAGCCCGCGGCCCCCUCCGGGUGUUGAUGUAAAAGAAGCAAACCCGCUGACGGGAAUGUGGGUCUGCGCCGUGUCCAUCGCAGCCUCUGUCACGGUGGCCGAGACGUGGACAGGCCCGGCGCCGGUGGACAGACGGACGAGUAGAGAAGAUGUGUCAUGGCUGUCGCUCCAGACCCUGAGGGUCCACAGUGGGAGUCGUGGGGUGAUGCAGGCGCCAGUCUCCGUGGUGAGGGGGUGCUCACACCCAGCCCCCAUCGCCUUGGCUCGGCUGUGUCCUGGGCCCACUUCCUCCGCGGUUCACGUCAGUCAGAGAAAAGCAUCGAAGCAGAGACCGCCCGGCUUCCUCGUUCCUCCCUCACGGCCGAGCACACAGCCUGGCAUCGCAGGCCCUGCGGCCACGGCACCUCCGAACAGCAGCUGGAAGUCUGAAAACAUCGCCGGUCGACCCCUCGGCCGCUGGAGGCGGGGAACUGAGCGGCCGCUGACCGUUUCCCUGCGGCCGGAGCUGCGGCGGGAGCUUCAGGGCAGGGGCUGUGCCGACGCCGCGCCCGGGCUGAGUCAGGCCCAGGCCCCACGUUCACCGAAAUGGCUUUUUGCUGUUUUUACUCCUCGCCUUCUCCACUCAAGGAAAACAAAACAAAACCACCUUCCAGAUGUCGCUCCCGGGACCACAGGAACGAGGUGCCGCGUCUCGUGAGAGCCUCAGCGUGGAAAACGCGCUGCUCCCGCCGCCGUGUCCCGCCCGGAGUGUCGGCCCCCAGGACGCUCUGUAACUAGGGAGCCGGCUGCUGCAGGCGCCGGAAUGUGCUGGAGACGGGCUGGGGGCGGGGGGGGCGCGAGGGGCAGAUGAGGCAGGAGGCGCCCCGAUGUGCCCGCAGCUCCCGGUGCCGGCGGGGGCUCUGCCGGGAGCUGCAGUGACCUCCUUACACCCCAGGAGACGGAGACGUCUCCCCUCCUCCCCGACCCCCACCCCCCAGCAGUGAACGCCCUGAGCUGCAAGGUCCUCGCACCAGCCUCUCACGGGGUCCCCUCUGCUUGGCCACGGGGUUCAGCAGCCCAGACCUCCUGAGCCCGAGAGACACACACGCAUCGCGGGCCUUCCAGCCACGCCUCCUGCCUCUAGGGGCUGCGCGCCCUCUUUCUGGAGGAUUUCCCACGCCUCCCCUCGUCCCCCCAAACCGUCAGCCCCUCCUCUGCCCUGACUGUGUUUCCAUUUCACAGAGGACAGAAGCCACUAGAAGACCGCCCAGCCUCCUGCUCUGAGCGCCCAGGCCAGCACCCACAUGUCCGUCACACCCAUCCCCCCAGGAACUGUCUGCGUCCCCCCAGCAUCCACAACCCUCCCCCCGCCCCCCCCCCAUGCCAGACGCACCUCUCUCUCCACUAAAGAACCUCUCUCCGCGACGCUCAGCCCCCAGCGCCCCUGUCAUUCCCACCAGCGUGCACAUCUACUGUCCAGCCCGGCCGCGGGCUCAGGGGGUGAGUGUCGACCCAGGAACCAGGAGGUUGGGGUUCAAUUCCCGGUCGGGGCACAUGCCUGGUUUCGGGCCUGAUCCCCAGUGGGGGGCGUGCAGGAAGCAGCCGAUCCAUGAUUCUUUCUC